AUGGCAGCGCCAGACAGAGCAUACAACAUCCUGCUCAGCCAGCUGCACAGGCCGUCACCGGCGUUGCCGCUCGAAUCUCUCCAGUCUCUUCUCUCGCACUGCCUCUCCCACACUCAGACCGCCACCGCCGCCACUCCUCUUACUGCAACAAUUAUAUCCUCACCUCUCUUUCGUCCGUUCUCCCAUACAAAGCUCGCGGCGCUCUCCACAGCCUUUCGACAUGCCGCGCAUCUUAGACUUGCAUCUCUCAAGCAAGGUCCCCAGUCUAUAUGGUCUCGAGGUGUGAAUAAUGCCAUGCAUGACUGGGCAAAGGCCGUCAUCAAGGGCUUCGCAGGUGGUCAGGGCAUUCUAAGGCUCGUUGCCGCUGGAGGCCUACUACUCGCACUCGAGGAUCUUAGACAUCAGCUCGGUGCCGAGACCAGCCAUUCUAGAGUGAGGCGAAGGGCCGAGGAGGAGGUCGUUAUUGCUGUGGCGGAGGUUAUGGAUGUUUACGCCACACUCCCAACGGAUGGCUGGGAGAAGGAGUUUCAUCCGCACACAGAACGAGGGGAAGUUGACGCACUAUCACUCGCUCUCGUAUUUGCAUCUCAGUUUCUCCCGUUAGUUUCCUCGGACCGACUGACAGCGCUACCUCUCCACGCUCUGCUUGACAUUCUCAUCUUAUCUGUUGACUCCGCCUUCCAGUCCGGCUCUUUUCUCACCACCCUCCCCUCUUUGAAUGGCCCUGCAGACGUCCAGUCUCGUUCGACGCACUCGCCCACUGCAUCACAACCAUCCUCGUCAGCCAUUCCAUAUUCCUCGGCCACCUCCCCAGUAUCUUCAGCUUCACUCACGAUCAACGCGUUGACAUCCUCUCCACUCUUCACAUCUAUCGCGUCUCUGUCUAAGCUCUGCGCGCGCGUGAUCACACUAUUGGUGGAAACACGUCCCCGCGAAGGCUGGCUCUCUAUUCACACAGUGCUAGCGCGGUUUCAGGAUAUCACCUCGCAGAUAGACAGUGAUUGGAGCAAGUCACCGUUAGCCCGAGGUCUUGAUGAUGAGCCAGAGAUCCCCGAGGUCCAGAAGCUGACAGGCUCUUUGUGGACAAUAUUCAAGACGUUGCUGUUUACCUCUGUCAUGAUCACUCAAUCAGUCCUUUCAGCUGUUCUCUAUACCGCACCUCCUACGGUGCCUAGUUCAGAGUCAAAGGCACGAGAGGGUGAUCAUUCCCCGUUAGCCUCGACAGUCGCGUUGUCCGUCCUACAAAUAUUCUCGAACCUUUCAUUCGUGAUAUCACAGUUUGGCGGGGUCACGUCCCAGACGGAAGGCGGCUUCACUGAGCUGAGACGUACGUUCUACACGGCGCUGGAUGUGCUUAGUGCGGACGUGGACGCAAGUGAGACAUAUGUGCGGCAGAUGGCUUCACGGGAGGUGUCAUCAAAUCCGUUACCAAGUUCGAGCUCCAGCGUUUCGUUGACCGACGCCCGAACUCACCCUACCCAGAGCUCGAAACGGGCGUUGGACCUGGCUUGCAUUGAGCAAUUGGUUCCUGUGCUCAGUCUGGCUACCAUUGAGACUUCUGUCUUUCCUCUCUGUCUUCCAUACCUAUACGACUCUUCGGAUCGCGAGCUCUACGAAUCAGCACACAGUGUCGUCCUGUCCACGUUCGCUUCCCAUGCGCGCAAAGAGCUUAAGAGCGAUCAUCCUGCACAUCUCGACUCGCAGGAGGAUAGCUCAGGCUCGUUCUUGGAGAAAAUUGUGCCGUACUACUCGAAGUGUCUCCUUGAUAACUCCGGCCACGAUAAACUGAGCACCGUACAGCUGCGACUAGCUUACACCGCGCUGGUCGGCAGCGCAAAUGCGAGCUCGCCCGUCAUGGCGCAGUACUGCAUCUCUACACUACUAGACAAAAUACAGAAGGUAUCUGCUUCGAUCACCACCACCACCACGUCCGAUGAUGUUGAGAGUGAGCGAGAGCGAGAGGGGAGAGAACAGUUGCAUCGGCUGCAGCUGACGCUCAUCUCGACGAUUUCGGCGCUCCCGCUUUCGUUGUUGCCGGGUGUGCUUCACGAGAUACGGAGUAUACUUGUGGGUAUGGGGAAUGAACCACGGGAAGUGGUCGCGGACGGGUCUGAGGGUGAGGAGGACUCGGACAGGGACGGGGAAGGGCCGAGGGAUGAGUUGGUGCAGGCGCUAUAUAGGGAGAUUUUGGAGGGUGUGGGGGAUAGGGAGAAGGAAUUCAUGAUUGGGUGGUGGGUGGAUAUGAAGGAUGCGUUGGGUGGUGGUGAUGCGGCGGCUGUGGAAGAAGUGGUGGGGGACGUACUUAGGAAAGGUAAAGGGAAGGCGGUGGAGGCGGAGGAGAAGGCUGUCGUGCCGAGCAGGUUGUAG